GUGGAGAAGACCAGGAGUCCGACUCCUCGAGGGAUCUUCUCUUAGGUCACACUUCGGAAAACACCCGUAGUUUCCAACUACCUAGUAUAGCUCGUUGGUUGGCAGGUGGAGAAGACCAGGAGUCUGACUCCUCGAGGGAUCUUCUCUUAGGUCACACUUCAGACAAUGAAAAGCGGACUCCUUUAUCUAUGGUGGAAGAUCUAUGGGAUUUUGACACCAAUCUGGAUAUUUGCAAUAAGGCAUUGCAUGUGACGAGAGAUAACUGUCUGCCUACAAGAGGAAUCAACGUUCACAUCGUAUGAGAACACAGUCUCAAACUCUCACAGAGCGGUGAUGCUUUUCAAUAAGGGCUUAGGGAGAAAGGGUUUCCUUUGAUGGGGAUGGAUUAGGGAGAAAGAGGUUCCUUUGAUAGGGCUUCCAAAUACUUUAUCUGUUUGUUGUUUUCCUUUUAUUUCUUUCCUUUUUUCCUUCUUUUGUCUUUUACUCUUUACUGUCCUCUUUUCUUUAAUAAAU